GUCUAUCUACAACAUUCAAAUACUGCAAGGCUGUACGGCGCAAGUUUUGCUAUUACAAUUGGGAACAGAGAUUCUUUCUCACAAAACUGCAAUGUGGCUGACGUUCUUCGGCGGUUGUUCGCUAGGAAUCUUACUGUGUGCAGCGGUAACUGAAUGCGUUCCAAAAUUUGAAUCCGGCGGAGGAUUCUUUCCCAGUUCGGGAGGUUUUAUGAGCAAAGCCGACAAAAUGGAUGAUCAAGUAGCGAUGCCGUCUGAAACUCGGAGUGUAGACGCAUCAACUGAAACCUCGAAACGUUCAAUAGCCGAGAAGAAUGAUAUGUCCGAUCGCGAUCAAGAGCCACGUUUUGGCUUUACUAGUGUUGGUGCGACGGGCACGGGGUAUGGAGGAAUCUCGAAUUACGCACCCGCCAAGGUAGAUCUGGGAGGAAUACUUCUUGGCGCAAUAAUCGGCGUCGGGACGAUUCUGGUAAUUCCUAAGUUGCUGUACGUCUUCUCUGGAUCAUACGGUGCUUAUGCAAGAAGUGAUGAGGGGACUAUAACCCAGACGAUGGUACGUCUCGACGAUGCGCUGGCGCGCUACGGGGUUGAUACGACUUCCUGCAUGCAAAGGGCUGUCUGCACUUAUACCAAACAAGCCACCGUGGCGUUGCGGGAUCACACAGAGCAUCAGAGUAUCGAAGCAGUCUCUCCCUUGGAUAGGGCGAUCGAUGCUGUCGUGACAAAUCAAGUUUUUCAAACAGCCAUGGAAGGCACGGCUGUACAGGAUGCGAUUCAAACUGGAAAGGAAGGUCAGGAUUGUCCGCGAGUCUAUUCACACUGCGGUCUUUCUUUGGAGGCACUUUUGUCCUUAUUCACCACGAUGAUGACGGCUCCCUCGCCAUCAAAUGUCCGUACUUCCAUGUCGACGUCACCUUUAUAGUAACGUGAACAUUAACCGCAAGAACCGCCAUAGAAUAAUUAGGCGAGAGCUCAGAGCCACUAGUUUGUCAAAAGGAUAUCAUAAUAGAAAUGUCGUCGGGUCAAGAAUGCGGGCGUUAGUGGGGAAUCAUUUUUGUGAUUCAGUUUAUAUUCCUUCAGUUCAGUAGCUUAGUCAUUAACACAAUUUGUAUAAUUGUUCAAAAGUUUCCCAAUAUACAGUAAGUAUUCCGUUUGGACAUCAGAAACAAUGCAUUUUUCAAUUAGGUAUCGCCAUAAAACUUCGAAAUGAUCGUAGAUUGACUGUCUUAUCGUGACCUCAUCACAUCAAUGAUACCGAAUUGGAGGUUAGAUGCGAGGUGUAUGGGAUCAGGAUAAUUGUACUAUGGCUAAAUCAGAAUAAUACAGAUUUUUUUCGGUAAUACCGAUGGGCAUCUCUUUAGCACCGUUCUUUAUUCCGAUUGGCUGCCAUAUGGCGCAUAGUCAAGACCAACUUAAGCUUUUAGCGAGAAAAUAAAUGUUCCUAACUCUUUUGUUUUUACACAGAAAACAAAAAAGUGCAUAAUCAUUCCAACCUGCUUUCAAAGUUGGAAAACUCCAUAGUUAAAAAAAAAAAUGUUUGAAAUCACAAAACGACCUCAUUAGCUGACGAACUUUAUUAAUCCUAGUGGCAUAAAGUUGUGUUCGCAAUUUGUUUAAUCCCAUACAACAUAAUCGUAUCCCAAAAAAUUCUGGAGUACCUUACUAGUUAUUUUCGAGCGUCUUCAUUUGUGAUUCAUUUAGGUAUUUUUACUUCAGCAGUGGAAAACAAUUGGUGAUAAUAAUUCAUAUGUCUCUGUUACUUAUCGAUCUAUAAAAAUCCCGAAUUAUAUGAUUAGCCCAUGCAUGUUUUAGUGCUCAUUAUUCACCUACAAGAAACUGUGACUCUCAACUUUCAACUAUUUUUUGACGCAUUUUUACAAUUAGACGCAAUGCAGCUAAGGUAUUCAAGCUGUUAUAAGGUGAUAUUUUGCAAGCUUAUUGGCUUAUUGAAAAAAUCAUGACAAAAUAAAUGAUAGUUCGAAUAGGGCCAAACGAUGUGAGUACCAUAUUAUUUUCAAAUAAUUGCCUCUUAAAAAUGUCAAAUUGACUGUAAUAUCUUCAAAUCGAUAUCAUAUUUUGAGUUCCCCUGAUAUUUUAGCACAGAUUGCAACAAAUUCCAAGAUCUGGAACUCAUUGUAAUUUUUUUAAGCUCAUGCGGGUGCGACGUGC